AUGGCAGAGAAUGCUAGUAGUUCAGCAAAUGGAAAUCACAACGAGCCACCACCCAAUUCAGAUGCAAUGGUACGUGCAAAGUUGACAAUUGGGACUUUAUCAAUCUCUGAGAUUGAAAGGUUGAUUCCUUUUCUGAAUCAGGAGAAGAUAAGGAAGAAAGAGCAAGAGGAGAGAGAAGAAUUUGAAAGAUUAAGGGUUGAAAAUGAUGAGGAAUUUCAGUUAUGGAUGAGAAAGUUGGAUGCCAAAAAGGCACGUCGACAGAGGCAGAAGCUUCAACGACGAGGAGAGUGGAAGUGUUCAUGGGGGAAAACUCGCAGUGCGACUGAAAGUGAUAGUGAAGAUGAAGAAAAGAACCGUGAAGGAGUAGAAGAUGAGGAGAGCAGUGAUGAUUCGAUGAAGAGAGAUGAGAGCAAAAGAAGCAGAGAGGAAGAAGAGGAAAAGAAGACAAAUGCAGCUGAAGGGCCUGGUAAAACGCUUGUUACCGCCAAGAUCUGGUCUACCAAGUUAAAAAUGAACUGCAUAUGUGAAGGCUUGGUAUUUGAAAAAGGAAAUGUGGCAGUUGCGCUGGAUAGUGGAUCCUUAAUUCUUGCACACGCCUAA